UAAGUCUUCAAAUAUAGAUGGUCAAAGGAACUUAAAAACGACUAAUGAACAACUCGCUGCAAAGUGAUGUUGAGUUCGUGAAUAACAUAUUUGAUGGAUUAUUGUUAACGGUUGUACCGAGAUUAAUAUGAUUAAAAGCAGUAUUUGCAAAAUGGAUGUCGUAACGAUAAAGGGGGUUCAUUGGAAUCCAUACGGAAUAUCGCACAAAACAAGUAUAUAAGAACCAACAACUAUCAAAUAUCUGUAAUCAACAGUUGGUGAAGGCACAUUUUACAAUUAUUUGAUUAUGUUAAUAAUGGAGUGCUCUUAGUGAACAUCAGAGUCGGCGACAAACAAUACAGCCAGAUACUUAAUACCCAUAAAACCGUAACAAAAUGGGUCACAUACUGUAUGUGCAGAACUAUCAGGAUCAUCGGUUUUCUAUACUGUUGUAUACUAAUCAAAUAGUGACGGAAAACCGAUGGAAUUUGUGGAAGGAACAAGGGCAUAAGAGAUGUCCUAAGACGCUACUUUUGGUGUAAAUGGAUAUUAUAAAGCAAACACAAGUUUUUCAAUAAAAGGGCAAGAAAUUCUAACGGUGGUAUCCCUUAAAAUACAUGUGGGAAGCAUUAAUUCAUUGGCUGUCUUUUAUAGACAUGGGGGGGUUAAUGAUGCAUGUUGUAGUUAAUGGUGAAUGAUCAUACCAUUCAUUAUAGUUUUUUCUACUCGGACAUCUUAAAGGGAAAGCAUAUACGUAAUUUGCAACAAUGGCUGCUCACGUCGGACUUCGCCGCUUUGGCCUUGGCAAAUUGAUCAGAUACAUCGUGACCGUAUUGGCUCUUGUGACCAUCGUCAGUGAUAAGGUGUCAGGAAAGUUCGUUGAUGAUCGUCUUCGCAGAGUGUUUGGUCGUAUCACUGGGUAUAAGCCUGCGGGAGAUGUUCACAAUUUUCAUGACACUCUCCAGUUCCUCAAGCGCUGGGACUAUGAGGCUCCUGCAGAAGUUAUCGAAAUACUUUUUCCUCUUGACUCUGGCAAGGUUCCUUACAACAGCAUCUUCGAAAUUGCCAGAUUCUAUGCUUCCCAAAUUACUGAAGAGAAAUUUGGAGAGCUCCCAAGAAAAGCGGAGGACAGAGCUGCUUGGGCAGCAUACCAAAAGGCUUUGCUUUACCACAUUGUGGAUGCACUAACCCUUCCUGCCGAAGUUGAAAUUCGCUAAGAUGGUUAGUAAGAACUGCUGGCCAAUGCUUACAAUUGGUAUAUAUCAUAUUUCCAUCUAAAAAUUGAAAACACUUGAAAAUUAAAUGAAGAUUCAUAUUUAAUUUAUCGAAGUAUUA